AUGUCUCCCUCUGCUUCCGUCGUUGUUGCACGUAUAUUGUCCUCUCCAGCCGCCGUGAAACAGAACCACCUGAAACGCAAACGCGAUAACGAGAUCAUUCAAGAGAAAGUAACACCUAUGGAACGUGUGCAGAAAGAAGAUGACGAGCAUGAACAUAACAAGCCGCUUCCACCGUCUUGGGAGGCUCUAUGCGUUCUUGGUCCUUACAUGGAUCCUGAGACUCUCGCCGUCGCCUCUUGCGUCUCAACCACGUGGUUACAGUGUUUCUCCUCGGACGAUCUAUGGAAGGCUCUCUUAACCGCAAGGUCCUCACAACGCUCUUCUCCCUAUGAGAUCGUACUGAAAAACACGGAAAACAUAUCAUGCAAACACCUUGUCUCCGCCGUUGAAAGGGAUGCCAAACGCCGCCGCAAAGAUCAAGUGGCUGAACCCGUCAAGAUAUCCCUCUCUGAACUCGGCUUCAUCAUCCACGUGUCAACUAAAUCAAAGAAAGCAUCAGUUUACAAAAAGGGUGAAGAUCUCGAGUUUGGUCCUAACGACAAGUUCCAUAUCGAAGCCCACGUAAGCAACGCAGCAAUCACUGCCGGUGAAGAUGACGUGGCAAGUCAUGUACAAGGGAAUGUUCUUCACGCUAGCUGA